AUGAAAAUGAGCAUGACAGGCCAGCCAAAGGGUCACCUAUGGCUGGUCUUCACCAUGUUGUUCGUCACUUCUGCAAUGCACAUCGAGGGAGCGGGCAACUUUGCACCACCUUCUCUUUCCAUAUCACCAACAUAUGAUCCUGUUAUUAAGGUGAUUGGGAAGGUGUACUGCUACAGAUGCUUCAAUGAGGCAUACCCAGACGAAUCACAUGGGAAGAAGCACCUGGAAGGAGCCAUGGUCAAGGUCACUUGUCAGGCAAAUGACCAAGCACUAGUGGCAUUUGGCUACACCAGAAGCAAUGGCAAAUACAGUGUGAUCCUUAAGGGCUUGCCAAUUAGCAACAACUAUGGGGCUGACUCGUGUAAGGUUGAGCUCCAUGGAGCACCAGGAGGAUCAGACUGCAAUGUGCCAAUUGAGUUAAAUUUGUCUGGGCUCAGUGUUUACUCCAAAUCAAGCGAGGAGCUGGUUUUUAAAGCAAACCAGAUAAUGGCAUUUGCAUCAAAGAAUACAUUUGGCUGUUCGAAACCACAGACGCAACCACCAAUGCAUCCCUACAGUUCCCCACCACUCCCUUACCAGUAUCCCUCGCCUCCGGCUACCCACAAGUCUCCACCAUUGCAUUAUCAAUAUUCACCACCACCUGCUAACCAGCUUCCACCCCCAGCAUACCAGUACCCAUCACCUCCACAAAACUACUACAUUUCGCCACCACCUUACCAACAGUCCAUGCUUCCGAAUAGCUACCAAACUCCACCACCUCCACAAGGCACCAAGUCUCCAGUACAACCCCACAAGUAUUUACCACCACCAUACUACUACAACUCUCCACCACCACAACACCAAUACAACUAUGUGCCUCCACCACUAGCUUACCAGUACCCCCCACCUCCAUACAUCCAGAAGUCACCACUUGUACCAUCAUCACCAGCGGCUCCAUACCACUAUAACUCUCCACCUACAUACCAGUAUUCACCACCUCCAUAUAACUAUCAAUCUUCACCGCCACCUGCCCAGUAUUCCCCACCAUUACCUCCAAAUGCUCCAAAACAUCUACAUCCAAAUGUUCCCCAUGCAAAAUCUCCACCAGCAUCUCCACAACCUCUUUACCAGUACAACACCCACCACCUCCCAAGGAUGUCAUGCCAUCGACUAUGCCACCUCUGCACUCCUACCAAUCCCCACCGCCAACGAAUCAGCUAUCUUGAGCAUCAGCACUGGCGCUAUUUAAGUGACCAGGCACGAGCAAAUAAACGAAACAAGCUUGAUGCCCAUGUUGAUUCUCAAGAGGAAGGAGUGUCAUAG